AUGGCGGUAUCUGCACUGCCAGCCCCAUCAGCACCCGAAGAGGUCCAUGGUAUUGAUGGAAUUUUCAUCCCUUCAAGCUUGCUUCACUGGAACCGCACCCACGUCACAAAUGAAGCCUUCACUGCCCCGCAGAAGCGAGACAGCGGUUCCACAGCCCCUGGGCAGGAUAAUAACUGCAGAUUCGUGGGUAUCGCGAACACCACCUCUGGACUGCAGGCCAAGUUUGAAAAUGCCACAGGAGGUGCCUGCGAGAUGCAGAUGUUGGGUAAACGAUCGUCCGGUGGCUUCAAUCUGGGUCCCUUGUUGACUGCAGAUCCCCUUGGGAUUUUUGUUCAGGUGGUUGUGAAUUUGGUGGAACAGAUGAUUAAUAAUCUUCAUUAG